AUGGAUCUCAACAAACGCCUGUUCCAUCUCGAUAUCGAGAAUAAGACCCAAGCGCAACCUCUCAACUUCUCUAUGGUAACCACACCACCGGAUGAUGAGGAUGAUGACGAGGUGAACCAUCUAAAGCUCAAGGUCGAGUCGAAACAAUCUCCUCACGAUCAUGACAAGCCGCAUCACCGUCAAAAGAAGAUGCCCGAUACCGAUGCGCAGCAACCUCCAGCGGCUCUAGGUCGAAUAUAUCGCUAUACCCCCACUCCCAGCGUCAUUCUUGAUCCUUCGUUACAUGUCGUGGAGGUAUCGGAUUCCCACGUGGCAUUUGCCGGGCUGUCAAGGGCGCUGUUGCUCGGCCGGUUCAUCUGUGACAUCUGUCCACGCAUCCUGCCGGCUCUAGAUGUUGCUAUUCUUUUUGGCGCAUUGCGCGCCGCCAUCACGACGCAGGACGUCCAGUCGAUUGACAAAAUCUGUAUAGAUGACGCUAGCACUUGCUAUACUCUUCGCAUCACCCCCAUCUUUGAAAACUCUAACCUGUUAUACAUUGUCCUGGAGGCACUUGAUAUCACCAAGCGUCAGGCUACAUCGGUGUCCAAGCCCCAUGAGUCUUACUCCAAUGAGACUUACAAAGUCCUACUGGACACGGUCAAGGACUAUGCCAUCUUCAUGCUCGACACACAUGGCCAUAUUGUAACUUGGAACACGGGAGCGGCCCUGCUGAAAGGGUACUCGGCCAAGGAGAUCAUCGGACGUCACUUUUCCACCUUCUAUAGCCUGGAGGAUCGCAUGGCGGAUAAGCCCGGCAAAGAACUGGAGGUAUGUCUCCGGGAGGGCAAAGUGGAGGACGAAGGCUGGCGGUACCGCAAGGACGGUUCGCGGUUCUGGGCCAACGUGCUGAUCACUCCCAUGUACGCCCUGGGUCGCCAUAUUGGCUUCACCAAGGUCACUCGCGAUUUAACGGAACGCAAUGCAGCCGAAACCCGCAUGAUCGCAGCCUUUGAAGAAUCGUCGAGAUUAAAGACAGACUUCUUGGCCAACAUGAGCCAUGAGAUUCGCACGCCAAUGAACGGCAUGCUCUUAGCCCUUACAUCACUGCUGGCCACGGACUUGAACGAACAGCAGCGCGAAUAUUCCUCUAUCAUCGAAGAUUCGACCAAUGUUUUGCUCCAAGUCAUCAAUGACGUCCUCGACUAUUCGAAAUUGUCAUCCGGGUCUUUUACUCUGCAUCCUGAUACUUUCAGUGUCGACAGUAUUACCAACGCCGUCGUGCGCAACUGCAAGGGCGCUCUGAAAACCGGUGUCCAACUGACUAGCUCUAUCUCAUCCAACUUCCCAUCCCAGGUCGAGGGUGAUCCGUUGCGGUACCGUCAGGUCCUUCAGAAUCUUGUCGGCAAUGCAGUCAAGUUCACCGAGGAGGGCUACGUCAAGAUCAACACCACCUUCUCGGAAGAUGCGGAGGAUCCUAGUGUAUAUUACAUCCGGACGGAGGUUGCCGAUACGGGCGUUGGCGUUCCCGAAGAUGCUCUUGGCUCAUUGUUCACACCGUUCACACGCUUCGCCGAGACUGGUUCGAAGAGAUACCAAGGCACGGGCCUUGGCUUAUCGAUCUGCAAAAGCUUGGCCGAACUCAUGGACGGAAGUGUCGGAUACCGACCUAAUCCUGAGAGACAUGGCAGUGUCUUCUGGGUCACAGCCAAGAUGCAUCGGGUGCGUGUGGCGCCGCCCGCUAGAACGACUGGGACAGGGACACCCGUUGAAGACGUCGGUGACAUUGAACGAAAUAUCCACGACAUCGCUCCUCACAAACACGUUCUCCUGGUUGAGGACAACCUGGUUAACCAGAUGAUGAUGCUCAAGCUUCUCCAGAACAUGGGCUUCGCGCGGAUUGAUACUGCAUGGGAUGGGGCAGAGGCGGUUCGACUGGUGAAGCAGCAGCCUUUAUCCUACAAUACAAUUCUUAUGGAUAUCGGCAUGCCGGUGCUGGAUGGCGUACAGGCGACACGACAGAUCCGGCAAAUGGGACUAGAGAUGCCUAUCAUUGCGCUUACGGGGAACGUCAUGCCGGGAGAUAUAGAGGAUUAUGCGAAGCAGGGAAUGAGCGAUCAUAUUGGGAAACCAAUCCACCAGAAACAGUUAAUGCGUUUGCUCUGGAAUCCGACUCCGCAUAAGAAACUGAGCAUUACUGACACCGCUUUCGCGUUGAACCAACCCUGCCCAUUACACUGCAAAGCAGUACGCUCUAGGGCAAUCGCCAUGAUGAGCUCAGGUGCUCAAGAACACAGAACCAUUCCUGUAAAGUGGACAGGUUCCGAAGAUUACAAUAUGCAAGACUCACGAUCUUCUCUUCUCAUGAAGUUUACGAUGGGAACAUACUACCUCGAUUUAUGA